GAUUGACAUCGACUGAGAUCAUUGCUAACUGUCUUCUCUUCUUCUUUGCCGGCUACGAGACGACGGCCAAUACGCUCUCUUUCUUUGUGUAUCUGCUGGCUCUCCAUCCAGACAUUCAGCAGCGGGUGUAUAACGAGAUCGUCUCAGAACUGGGUGAUGAAGAACCGGGUUAUGACAACAUCGGGAAGCUACAGUAUAUGGAGAUGUGCAUCAAUGAAACAAUGAGAAUGUACCCUGUAGCUGCAAGAACUGAUAGAACCUGCGUACAGGACACUGAAGUAAAUGGUCUGAAGAUUCCAAAAGGCAUGCAGAUUGCAAUACCGAUUUGGAUUUUACAUCAUUCUGAAAAACUCUGGGAAGAUCCUGAGAAAUUCGACCCAGAGAGAUUUUCAGCGGAAAAUAAAGCCAAGAUGAAUCCGUAUAAGUUCAUGCCUUUUGGUUAUGGUCCCAGAAUCUGUAUCGGAAAAAGACUGGCUCUGAUCGAGAUCAAAGUCGCGAUGACAAAACUCCUCAGACAGUUUGUAUUAUCAACAUGCUCCAAAACAAAUAUACCACCUAAGCUUACAAAUAGAGGCCUUACUAAACCGGAAACGAUGUGUCUGAAGGUGACUGAGAGAUGACAUGCUGAUUCAACUGUCAAUUACACGUGUUCAUUUCAUAGGUCAACUGUCAAUUACACGUGUACAUUUCAUGUAUCAAUCGUUAUUUCCACAUGUACAUUUCAUUUAUCAAACAGCCUUCUAAUGACGGAGUGCAAGAUCACUGUGUGCAUUGUUUUCUUUUAAUUUUCAUUAAGAGAUCAAUAAUGUAAGAUUUUAUUUUGACUAAAUAACACAGUGAAUAUAUAAGUAAUCAGUUCACAAAUAUUCUAUUUUGAAGAGGAGAUAAUUUUCAUUUUGUUAAUAUAUGUUUUUACAUUUGUCAAUUCUUUCUCCUCAUGUAAUUGGACACUCUUCAUCAGAUUUUGAAAUUAAACAAGUAUCAUUAACUUGUACGAGUAUAAUGAGACAAGUAUGCUUACUCUGAUUUUCACACAUUUAACAUUCGAAAUGUUCUAGAUCUAUUACAGAAAUUCAUUACAUUUACAUAAAUUAAGUUACAAAUUAGAUUGAGAAAUUUUGAACUAACUUGUUAGAGCUUUCUUCAGAUUUAUUUUUUAUGUUGAUCCCAAACUAUUUCCUAGAAAUAAACACGUUUUAGUAUAGAAUUAGUCCUGAUAAAAAGCCUGAGUUGGGUGAAUAUCUUAUCGAGUGGUAAUUGAUCUUACAGCAUUAAGCAAUAUUUGUAUUGUAUACCUACAUGUAUCUUGGCUUUUCACAAAAUAUAUUUUACGAGAAUUGAUAGAAUAUUUCACAAAACAAUCAUUACUGGGAGAUUCUUCAAUCAAUAUGAAGCAGAUGUUUACAAACAAAUAGAUAAACAAGAAUAACAUGUUG